AUGGACAAAACCAUAAUAUCCGGAGAUAAAAGUUAUGGUGCAGGCAUCGGGACAAUGUAUACUGCAACUGUGGGGGUGAAUGGCCAGGGCUUCGUAGCCCAAGGAAUCACUUUUCGGAACAUAGCUGGACCUAAAAUGCUACAGGCAGUAGCAUUAAGAGCGGAAGCUGAUUUUCUUACCUUCUACCAAUGUCGUUUUGAGGGUUAUCAAGAUACUUUAUAUGCAAAGUACGGUAGGCAAUUUUAUAGGGAUUGUGAUAUUUUGGGUACCAUAGACUUUAUCUGCGGUGAUGCAGCUGCAGUAUUCCAGAAUUGUUUGAUUGAAGUACGUCAGCGCCAAUAUAUUACUGUCACAGCUCAACAGAGAGAUGUUGAGACUUUACUAACAGGACAAGUAUUGCAAAACUGCACCUUAAAAGCAACCUCUGACUUGGAGAAAGCGGGUAAUAUCACUAUGUAUUUAGGUCGGCCAUCACUACUAGAAAAUGGCAGAUUUCCGACGGCCAAAACGGUCGGAAUUCGGUCGGAAAUUAUGUAUUUCCGACUACUUUCCGACCGAAUUUGGUCGGUCGGAAAAAAGUUGGUCGGAAAACAAUUUCCGACCGAAUCCGUCGGUGAUUUCCGACUAAAGUAG